AUGCCCAAUCUCCAAGAUUGCCCUAAAUGUGAUGCUGAAAUCAAGAAAAGUGUUUUCAGUGGGUUAGUCGGUAUCAAUGUUGCAGAUAGUGAGAUAGACGAGUUAAAGGACUUUGAAGCACUUAUACUCUACCUUGGUCAGAGGUUUAAUGGGGCGGCCCCUCAACAACUAGAGAACGAAGCCUGGAAAAUGGUACAACUAUGCUGUUUCCCAGAAGAGGUUAGAGCCUUAAAGGCUGGAUCCUUAUUACCUACAGGAAGUCGUCUGAAGCAAUUGAGUCCAGAAUGGGACAAGGAUACUGGUCUUCUGAGAGUAGGCGGAAGAUUGCGAGAAGCAAAUGCCAUUCAGGAGCAAAUGAAACACCCAAUAAUUCUUGAUCCUAAACACCAUAUCAUAAAACUACUUAUGCGACAUGCCGAUAUUAAGUUGCUUCACCCCGGACCAGAACGAGUUUUGGCAGAGUUGAGAAGGAGAUACUGGAUUCUCAGAGGCAGAGAAGUUGUCAAAGGACAACAGAGGCAGUGUCAAGAGUGUCAACGUUGGCGUGCAAAUCCAUUCAAUCCCCAGAUGAGAGACCUGCCGGCCGCACGGCUACAACUAUUUAAACCAGUUUUCCAUUGCACUGGAAUUGAUUGUUUCGGACCUAUGCACAUAAAGGUUGGAAGGAGAACGGAGAAGAGGUGGGGAAUAGUCUACAAGUGCAUGACUGUUGGUGCCGCCCACUUGGAGCUAUUGGAGAGCAUGGACACAGAUGCCUUUCUGUUAUCCCUACGUAGGUUUAUUUCCCGGAGAGGCCAACCGGCUAAGAUAUAUAGUGAUUGUGGUACCAAUUUCAAAAGUGGGGAUAAGGAACUCAGAGCCGCCUUCGAUCUGAUGACUGCUAAUCUUCGAGAAGAACUUCGGCCAUACAUGGUGGAGUUCCAUUUCAAUCCCCCAAACGCUCCACAUUUCGGAGGACUGUGGGAGAGAGCAGUUAGAAGUGUUAAGACCGCUCUAAAGGUAGCAAUUGGCGAACAAUUGGUUGCUGAACCAGUACUAUUGACGCUUCUUGUCGAAGUUGAGGGAAUUCUUAAUUCCAGACCGCUAGGCUACACAUCAACAGAUCCAAGAGAUGUAAACCCGGUCACGCCAAAUGUUCUGUUAAUGGGGCGGCUGGACCCGACCAUGCCUCAAGUAGUGUAUACCGAAAAUGACUUGCUGACAAAGAAACGAUGGAAACACAGUCAGGUAUUGAUGGACCAUUUCUGGCGUCAGUUCAUCCGUCAUUACCUUCCGGCACAACAGAUAAGACAGAAAUGGUGGAAGGAGACUGAGAAUCUCCACAGUGAAGCAGUAGUGCUUAUUAUAGAUCAUAACCUUCCGAGGGGGCAGUGGUCAGUUGGAAGGGUGACUAAAGUAUUUCCUGGGGAGGAUGGUAGAGUGCGAUCUGCUGAAGUCAAUGUCAAUGGCAAACACUAUGUUCGCCCCGUCGUAAAGUUGAUUAAACUGCCAGAGUUGCAGUAA